AUAUAAUAUUAUAACGAUAACCAAUCGUUUUGCAUUUGACUAUUAAAAUAUUCACGACCAUUGUUGUAUAAAGACUUAAGUGGUUUCUUAUUUCAAAUUUCAAUUAUUAUUAUUAAUCACAGUAGUGAGAAGUGGGAAGUUGGCACACAGGACAGUUAUUCAGUAUUUUGCGGUUGGAAGUUGGAACACGGUUGUCUUAUCAAUUAAGUUGUACCUCUUAUCAGUUAUCAAUAUCCGCAGGCCGCAUGGUCAAUUUUAUAAUUUAUAACACUUAUUAUUAUUAUUAUUUAUGAACGCAACACACCACACAGAAAUGCAAAUACAAAGUACAAACUGAUGUUCGUUUAAAUAAAACUUGUUGAAAUUUCCAAGACAGUUUGUUGUUUGAAGUAUGAAUAGAUUGGAAGGAAAUAACGUCGAUACUACGAGUUCUGACGAAGAAGAAGACGAAGAAGCCAAGGAAUUAACAGAAGAUGUGGAGAAAAACUUUUUCAAAACUCUUUCGUGUUUGAAGAAAAACGAUCCAAAAAUAUAUGAUGAAACUGUUAAGUUUUUUGAUUCGUCAACCAUUCAAGAUUCUUCAGGGAAGUCAAAUAAAAGUAGUACUUCGACUUCAAAUCCAAUUUAUUUAGAAGAGUACAAAAGAAAGAUAUUAUUGGAACGCGGCCCCGAAUUUGAUGAUACUGAAGAAGUACAUGAAGUUCUUGAAAAGAACCAAGUUCGUAUGUCAUCACCAUCUUACGUCGAGGAACAAAAGGCUAUCAAAGAAAGUUUUAGAGACGCACUCUAUAAUUCUGAUGAUGAAGAAGUAUUGAAGCGUCGUGUUAAAACUAAAGAAGAACAGGAAAAGGAAGAUAAAGAUUAUUUGGAAUGGCUAAAAGGUAAUAAGGAUGAACUCGAUGAUGAAGAAACUAAAAAAGAUCUUCAACAUUUACACGAUUAUUGGAAUAAUCCAAAUUUAGAAGAAGGAGAACAGUUUUUGUGUGACUACAUAUUAAACAAAAGAUUUUUAGAAUCAAAAGAUGAGUAUUUAGUAGAAGAUGAAAUGAGGUUUUCUGAAGAAGACGAAAUGCUAGAAAAGCAUGAGGAGUUUGAGCAUAAAUACAAUUUUCGUUUUGAAGAACCGGACAAAGAAUUUAUCAAAACGUAUCCUCGUACAAUGGAAAAUUCUUUACGUCGUAAAGAAGAAAAGCGCAAAGCAAAACGUGAGGAACAAGCUAUGAGGAAGAAAGACGAAAUGGGAAAACGUUCGUUGGAAAUAAAAAAACUAAAAAAAAUUAAAAAGCAAGAAAUAGUGGAAAGAAUUAGAAAGCUUCAAGAAAUUACUGGCAAUAAAGGAGUUGGAUUUGAGGAUGCCGAAAUAGAAGCAGAUUUUAAUCCUACAGAGUAUGAUCGUAAGAUGCAUCAACUAUUUGAUGAAGAAUUUUACGACCAAGUAGAUGACGAUUCAAAACCUGUAUUCGACAAAGAAGAAGACGAGUUUAUCAUGGAUUGUGAAUACGAUCCUAGUUUAGAUCGAAGAAAUAAAAAAAAAACUAGAGCUGCGAAACGGAAAGAAAAAAAGAAAAUUUUAGUCAAAGAGAUUGAAGAUGAUGACGAAGAAUCUAGUUCUAAGCAAAAAAUUCCCAAGUACGAUCCAGCAAUGGGAUCCUUUGAAAAGUAUAUUGAUGAAUAUUACAGUUUGGACUGUGAGGAUAUUGUCAGUGGUGUGCCUACAAGAUAUUCAUACAACAAAGUUAUUCCCAAUGACUAUGGGUUAACGAUCGAAGAAAUUUUGUUGGCUGAUGACAAAGAUUUAAACAAAUGGUAUCCAAUUGGAAAAUUAUCGAAAAUUCAACCAGAAGCUGUUCAGAAAUUUGAAGCAAAAAUUUAUAAGCGAAAAGCCAAUGAUAUAGAGUUGAAAAAAAAGCUGUUACCAAGCUUGUUUAUAGAGGAAAACAAAGCAGAAGAAAAUGAAGAGAAUGAUGUGAACAAGAAGGAGAAAAAGAAAAAGAAAUCAAAGUCAAUCUUUAAAAACACAGAAAAAAACUGCGACCAAAAGAAAAACGAAGAUUCCUCGAAUAUUAAACUUGAAAUUAAACUCGAUCCUAAGAGCAUAAAAAGUGAUAAGAAAUCAGAAAAAAGUGAAAAUGAAAAACCUAGAAAUAAAACGUUGAAAAAAGAAAAGAAAAGUGUUAAACAAAAUGCUCAUCAAUCAUCCAACGGUGUGAACAAUAAACCACUCGUUAAAGUAGACAACAUAAAUAAAUGCAGCGACCAAGCUAAAGACGGAGAUUCUUCAAAUAAAAUCUCUGAAAUUAAGCUUGAAGUCAAGAAUUUGAAAAGUAUAAAAAGUCCUAAGAAAUCGGAAAACAGUAAAAAUGUAAAACCACAAAAUAAAAAGGCAAUGAAAAAAGAAAACAAGAACAUUCAACAAAAUUCCGAUAAAACUUUGAAUGGGGUUAAUACGCCAUCUGUUCUGAAAGUAGAUAAAUACAAAAACCAAACGAAAAUCCAAGGUUCUAUAAAUGAUAAAUCUGAAAUAAAAUUCCAAGUUAAGAAUACAAAAGGAUACAAGGGUGUAAAACGGAAACUAGAUCAAUUUUCAAACAGAAUGAAUAAACGUAAAAAGAUGGCGCAUAAAAAUUACAGACAAACAAAAGAACCUACUGCGUUGGAAUCUAUGACAGAUGAUCGUUUACAAGCGUAUGGAAUUAAUCCUAAAAAAUUCAGAAACAAGUUGAAGUUCUCUAAUAGCAAAUAGUAAUUAAUAAAAAAAUUGACUUUGUUUUCUUAUGUUUUUAUGAUGUUGACAACACAAAUUAUUCCAAAUAAAUAAGUCAAGUGUAAUGUGUAAAGAUUUAAUAACAUAAGUAUUGUAUCUGAAUAAAAAUCAACAAACUCA